UAAUAGACGUUACCUAGUUAAUCACGUCACGUUGCUACGGAUGCAAUUCAGCCGAAAGCUUCCCCUGGCAUUGCGUUUAUUGUGUUAGUUAUUUAACAAGUCUCAUUUGUGAAACACCAUCGAACACUUUCUGGUUUAGUUUCUCUGGCAGCAGUGUUAACAAGUCAUCAUGGUCUACGAAUACACAAAACCACGUGGGCCAAUCGCUGCCAUGUACAGCAGUCCUGGGCCUUGCUACGGCCUACCCACACUGGUUGGCCAGAACAAACAUGAUCCCAGAAGUGUACACAACAAAUACCCUAGCUAUUCGUUUGGUAUCCACCAUGGUAAAUUCCGAGAUGACUGCAGUCCAGGACCAUGCUACUACCCUGACUCCAAAGUCUACCGCGAUGGAAAGGACGGAACUCCAAUCUACUCUCUCUACGGUCGACAAAAGGACGUAGCCCCUUUCAAAACACCAGGACCUGGAUCCUACUGUCCAGAGAAGACGGGACCCUCUGCUUAUUACAGGCAUCCCGCGUACAGCUUUGGAAUGCGUCAUCGCCACAGGAAGCAAGACAACUCACCAGCUGCCAAUAGUUACUCACUGCCAGACAUGAUUGGGAAGACUGUAGAGAGUGGCAAGAAGCAGGCUCCAUGCUACAGCUUGUCAGGACGCCAGGAGUCAGGUGGAUUUUCAGAGGACCUUGCAAGGACCCCUGGCCCUGGUACCUACUCCAUCACUGAUCCCUCGAUGUACAAGACGAAAGCUCCUCUCUACAGUAUGACAAGUCGCAACGUGAUGCCUGGAGACACAACUCAGAAACCAGGACCCGGUGCUCACAGUCCAGAAAAGGUUUGGCUUCACAAAACCAAGCAGCCUGACUUCUCAUUUGGAAUUCGACACAGUCAGUAUCUCACCCCACUCAUUGUGGAUGUGCAAGAAGACUAAACAUUCAGCCACUGAAGAUACACAAACAUAUUUAAAAAUAAAAACUGAAGUGGAAUUUAUGUGGUUCGAGAUCAUUCAUCAAAAUGAAACAUUUUGCUCAAGUAUUUUCAAUUUUAUUUUCAUUAUUUUUCUUUCAACCAGUUUUCAAUGUGGACCAUACCAAAGAGUUUAUUAUUCAUUCUUAGUACUGAUCAGUAUUUAUGUCACUAGUCACAUGUUGCACAAAACAGUGUUUUGGUAUUUGGGAAUAUUACUGUAAAUUCUUAAAUACUGGCUCAAGCAUCUAGAAUAUAUUUCCAUUGAUCUCUUGUAUUUAAUAUUGAAAUAUUUUGAUAAACAAAUCUGUGUGGUGUUUUAGAAAUGAAUUCUUUAUUAGAGAUCGUCUCUUUUUUUGUCACAUAUUUAAAACCUGUCAUAGUUUGAACAUUUACGAUAAUCGGGAUUAUUCAUAAUCAAAGUUUGAAAAUAUACGGUAAUCAGAAAGUCUACUGAUAACCAAACAUUGUAUUAUUAUUAAAAUAUUUAUGAGAAUUUUAAUUUAGAAUUUAAAUAAAAUAAACAAUUACUGAUUUUUAAAAAUGAAAUAAAUUUCUAAGUAAAUUUGUUAAAGUGCAAAUUUCAUAUUUGUGUGCAUGGGUAUACAGACGUUUCUGUCAUAAUGUUGGUUUUGAUGGUCAAUUUUUUUUCUCAAUUUUGAUAUCAGUAUUAUUACUAGUCAUAAAUUAUAAUAUUUUAUUUUUAAAGAAGGUUUCAUUCACUUUUCAAUUAAGUUUUUCUAUUGUGCAUUUUUUUUAAAGGUCGAUGUGGUAACACUGAUUAUCAUUCUUUUCUGCAUGGGUUACAUUUAAUUUUUAUCAAAUAAUUAAAUUAUAAUGGAUAUUUUUUUUUAUCAAUAAUUAUGUGUUUGACUCAUAAUAAUAAAUAUUACAAAUCAUUUAUUGAAUUAUUCACUUGCACUUCUGAUCAUGUGUUCAGAAGUAAAGUUUGAACCCAUGAAAAUGGAUACCAAGUUUGGUUAAUAAACUAACCUGUAACACAUUUAGAUAAGGUAAGUGAAUGCAUAACAUAAUAUAUUAGUUUAUUUGAUCAAGAAUAUUUAGGAAUAUUUUAGAAACUUUUAUAAUACAAUGUAGUUUUGAAAUAUUACUUUUAAAAAUGAAAGCAUAAUAUUUUUUUUUUUGUAUACAUUUAUUGCCAAGUCUUUUGAAAGUUUUAUAAAAACAUAUUUACACUUCAUAAUAUAUUACAUAUGUUUAU